ACCUUCGAUGAGCACCCCGACUAACUACACUUGGAUUCAUUUUCCGCGAAAGCGUCGAGAGAAGCCUGUCGCUAUAGGGUCGUCCAACUCCAGGUCGGGCGCCGGGAGAGAGUGCGUUUUUGUCGAACGGUUUCAGCGGCGGCGCCUGGUUUAACCGUUAGGCUUAGCAACUCUGGUGGGACCCGGCGGCGGCGGCGGCCAAUAUGGAGGUGACGGUGAUUUGUGCGGGCGUCGGCUGGGUGCCGUCGAUGGUGGCGAUCAGCCUGAUCAGUGCUGCCUUAAUCGCGUACGUCUGGGCGGUGCUCACGGGUACAGUGACCGUUUACGCGCCGUACAUCAGCGAAGCAGGUGCCUCACCGCCACAAAGCGGCGUGUUCAGCUUGCUCCUUUACUUCGGAUCUCUCUUGGCGUGUGCGACAAUGCUGGUCCGGUACGUGGUCGUCCGCAACCUGAACCGAUGCUGCCACAGAAACGUCGACGUCCUCAACGUGGCCUCUCUCACGGCGGGACUAAUUGCGGUCUUCGGGAACCUCAUCGUUUCCGCAUAUCCUGUUUUGACUAGCCGGGCGAUCCACAACGCUGGCGCGUACACCAUGUUUCUUGCCGCUGUGCUCUACAUGACGCUAGAAACCGGGCUUACCUGCUGCCUCUGUCCAGAGUACUAUGCCAAGCGCAUGGUGUGGCUGAGGUUCUCCCUCACCGCGGCGUCUGUCGUCGCCGUUGUGUUCACUGCAUGCUACCAGUUCGUCGGGGACAAUCUAUGGUCUGAAGGGCUUAGCGACAAGCCGAAACACUUACGGGAGCCUGGGGACCCGGGUUUCCGCGAGUUGGUGAUCAGCGCCAUGGGCGAGUGGUUCCUGGUGUGCGUGUUCCUCGCAUUCUUCCUGACGUUUGCCUACGAGUUCCGGCGCGUGAUUGUCACCGUGGACCUGUUUCCCCUGGUGUGCCACAUGGACGAACGCAUCGAGGUGACCCGGCUUCGUCCGCACGACUCCUACUCGUUGUUUUCUUCGGCCUCCCUCUGACUUUUCCACGUGCGCGCACUCAAGGACUAUAUGUAUAGAGAGUGACACCAGUGUUGAUUCUUAUAUCGAACUGCGUGGUAACGCCUUCCCAAACUGCGCAGUACUGCCUUCCGGGUCGCUAUGCAGUGAUCCCACAAGCCUUUCUUGUCUCUUCUUUUCUAGGGGUCGAGCAAAAAAAGGUGUUGACGAAUCUGGCGGCGCCAACGUGACGCCAUGAAUCUCGUCCCGUAUACCACCUCGAAACCCUUGUUGUGUAUGCUAUACGUCGGCUUCCGCACGAAAUUUACUGCAUACGAACGGCGGUCGUUUGCCUCAACAGCGGCAAGUGGCUCUUAUAGAAAAAAGAAGAGAAGCUGAUCUCUUCACCGAGACGAAGGUUUCCCCCAUGACUGUCCUCUGACAUAAUAUGCAGACCAUUAUUUCCUUCACUUUAACGGUUGACAAUGACAUCGGCGACGUCUACAUAUGCGCUGAGACAAUAAUAAACAACUUUUAUCACUUUUCUUGCAGAUGUACUCUCUCCGCAUUGAUAAGCAGGGUUAGAGGGAUUACAAAACGCACCCUAUGCUUGAAAAUAGCGUCCCGGGGCCUUGUCACGGACACGAUAUGACGUUUCCCACGCGACGUCCACUCAGCGCGCAUAAGUAUAAGCUUAACAAUUUUAAUUCUGAGAUUUUACAUGCCAAAACAACCAUAUAUGUGACUAUGAGGCUCACCGUAUUGAGAGCCUCCGGAUUAAUUUUGACCGCCUGGGGUUCUUUAACGUGCACUCAAUUCAUGGUGCACGGUCGUUUUUGCAUCGCGCCUCCAUCGAAAUGCGGGCGCUGCGGCCGGGAUUCGACCCCGCGCCCUCGGGCUCGCAGCGUCAGUCCUAGCAGCGCAGCGCCAAGCGACUGUGACGUUGGUUCGGACGCUCAUAUGAUGAUCACACCAUUGUUUACAGCGAAGCCGUUAGUACGACUAUGCGCUAGCGAUACAAAGCUUACAAAGCUUCCCUGCUUCCAUGGGAGUACCAAAAGUGGCAGCGAUAUUAAAUUUGGACUAUGUUAUCGGUUAUGCUUACGAACACGUGAAGUGUGUAGGUUAAUUACGUGCUCUGAAAAUAAUUACUGAAUACACUAGUCGCCACAUUUUCGUGCGUUAUGUAAUACACGUAGUUAGUUUUUCCUGUCUACACGGUGAAUUAAAUGAUGCACGUUGCUCAUAUUUCGCCAAAACAGGAAGAAUGUUGCGAGAAACGUGUAAUAAACUGUGUAGGUUAAUCACACCCUUUAAACAAAGUUACUUAUGCAAGCAUCCCGGAGCUCUACAAACGCAUUUUACGAACCACGUAGGAGGUUUGCCCAAUGUCCUCAAGAGAGAGAGAGAGAGAGAGAGAGAGAGAGAACUUAACGUGCUAUACAAUGCACGAUAUUUCGAGAGAAUCUUAUCGGAAACAGGAAAUAAAAGAAAAUGCAUGGUGAGAUGCCAAGCGGUUCACCGCUUUCAAUACAUGUUCAGAUGUCCAUACAUUCUGAAAUAUUAUAGGCUGAUUGUGCUUAAGUCAAUGCCGUGAACGCCAAGGCAGGUGCCUGUGGCUUUGUCAAGCUGUCGAAAUGACAGCUUUUAUCGCACGCUCCUUCGUGUCAUUACGCUGUACUGAUCCGAAAAAUAAACAUCAUUGUCGCUGUUAGCGGUGGCACUCACUUGCGCCACAUGAAGUGGCUUAAGUUACCGCAUUGAAUCGUAAAAGUUGCCUCGAAGAGACCUUUCUAAGUAUCACCGUGUUUUCCCGCUUACUUUUUUUCUAAGAUAGCGCAGCGAAUUCCAUGUCAACAGAAUUCAAUUCGAAGUGCUGGACUAACUUAAAGUCCCGUGUGAAAAAAAAAAAAAAAAAAAAACAACUGUCAACCCUUCCCCUGGGG